UCAUGUCAUUGGUAACAUGGGUGGGCAUUAUCCACAAUGGAAUUUUUUAUGUUUCUGUUAGUAUCAAGCUUUUCUACACAACUAUGGUGUUGAUAUGCUGUGCAAAUAUGGCAAUUAUUUUUUUCUAAAAACAGAUAUGAGAAGAUGACUAGUGGAAUGUAUCUGGGAGAAAUUGUAAGGCAGAUCCUUAUUCACAUGACAAAUCAAGGCCUGCUGUUUCGAGGACAAAUUUCGGAGAGGCUGAAAACAAGGGGAAUAUUUGAAACUAAAUUUAUAUCACAAAUUGAAAGUGACAGGCUUGCAUUGCUUCAAGUACGAGGAAUUCUUCUGCAGCUUGGCCUGGAAGACAGUACUUGUGAAGACAGUAUAAUCGUAAAAGAAGUCUGCGGUGCAGUGUCGCGGAGAGCAGCGCAGCUCUGUGGAGCAGGUUUGGCAGCUGUCAUUGAUAAGAUACGAGAGAACAGAGGGCUGGACCAUAUGGAGAUCACAGUCGGUGUGGAUGGGACUUUGUACAAACUACAUCCUCACUUCUCGAGGAUAUUGCAGGAGACAGUGAAACAGCUGGUGCCAAGCUGUGACGUCACCUUCUUGCUGUCCGAAGAUGGGAGUGGUAAGGGAGCAGCCUUGAUUACUGCCGUGGCAAAGCGAUUCCAUUAUGACGGAGAGCAGAAAGAAAAACAGAAUCAUGUCUGAGCUUUCACGUCAUACAUACAGCUCCAGCAAUGUGACACGAGGUGGACUUUUGUAAAUAAGCUAAACCAAUAUGGGCCAAAAGAGCACAGUUUAACAUGGAAUGGUUGUGAUUUGGACUGACCCUCAUACUGAGGUCAAGUACACUUUUAGGUGAUAAUAAUACAGACUGAAAUAUCAUAUGCAAGAUAGCAAUAUCUAUUUAUUACUGAGACAAUUAAA